AUCCACACUUUCGGCACCACCUUACCCAAAUUUCUGCUACUUAAACCACCGCCGGAGCUCAGACGAGCAGGAGAAGCAGGAGAAGCAGGAGAGGAGCCUCCGCCCGCAUACUCCUUCCCACUCUCUUGAAAAUUGAUGACACCAACUCCCUCUUCCUCCGCCUUCUUCUUCUUCUUUUUCCGGUGGCAUUUGAGUACAUCAGAGGAGAGUUGAGCGGUGUCAGUUAUUAUUCCAUCUUGAUCAGCUCUCGUUUAGUAUGGAGUUUGGGCGUUCUUGCGUUCUCUUCUUUCACCGUUACUCUUCGUCUUACUCCUUUUCUUAUGGUUGCAAUUCUGCUUUCGAUUCGGCUUUCUUGUGUUCAGGAGCUGAUUUCCCCGACCCCGAGAUCUCUGACUCUGUGUUGAAACCCUUUUAUUCUGAAUUCGUCGCCGCCGGGUAUCCCUUUACUGAUUCCGCCUGAUCCACCUAGAUUCUCGCUUUCUUUUUUCGUUUUCUGCGUUCUCUCCCUCUCUAAUUUUUCGUUGCCCAGAGCAAUCUCAAAGGUAGGGAAAGAAAAGAUGUUGUGUACGUUACAUUCUGUGCCAGUUCGUUUCCGCCAUCCAUCAUUCUCCACGGCAGCUACGACGGCUUCUUUAGCAUUCUGCACCACUCACUGUAAUCCUUUCUUCAACAGGUAUGAUUAUGGUCUCAAGGACAACUACAAUUCGUCCAUGAGGAGGUGGAGGAGCCGUAGGAGCAGUUCAGCUACUUCGGAUUCCGCUUACCCUCUCAUUACGAAUCAGCUAACCAGUGACUCUCCCCGUCACAAAAUUUACCAGGAGGCUAUUAAGGCUGCAAGGGACAAGUUCACUCAGGAGAUUUUUUUCCAAUCUGAGGACAAAGACAUCUCUCUUGCUAAGGCCCUGCUGUAUAUUGCAGCUGAAGAUGAGGCAUUUAUAGCUUUAAAUAAAGAGAAGGAUGCUCAGUACCUCUCUCAUGAAAGGGGAAUUGUUAGUGCCCCGAAUGAUGCCCCAGAGUGGGAUUCUGUUGAGCCAAUGUCUUUGGGUGGAAAAAACAUAAAUGUGUGGCUGAGUGAGUUGAACAAUAUUGCCAAAGAAGUUGAAGCAGAGCUUGUUUCAAGAGACAUAGGCUGCCAUCUGGUUGAAGUUUUGGAGGCAGUAAAUGUUGUUCUUUUUGAGUUAAGAGGCUUCAAAAGAUUACCUGUUCUUGCAGAUUCCAAGCAUUCAUACUUGCACUCAGUACUAAUCUCUGGACAUGGAAGUGCUGUUUUGCUAAGUGUAAUCUACAUUGAAGUUUGUCGACGACUUGGAGUGACCAUUGUGGGAUCACGAGUUGGGGAAGAUUUUCUGAUAUGGCCCCAGAUAGCAUACCCAGAGGAGCUAUUCAAAGUAACUUCAGGACACAGCUUGUUUGCUAUUGUCAAUGGAAAUUGUGUGGAGAACCCAAAAUCAUUGGCAUCAGAGUUAACUAGUACUUCACUUUUAGGACUUGAGAUAGCAAAAAACUGUGAUAUUAUUGGGAUUGCUCUGGCCAACUUGAUUAGGCUUCAUUGGAAACGUGCUUCAAGAUCAAAUCCUGGGUUGCUGCUUACUUCUCCUCUUAGGCAAGUUCACACAACUGACAAGGUGGAUAACCCAAAUGUUCCUUUGUUGCGGCCUCAAGAUCUUAGGCUUGCUAUCAUGGCUUCAGAAAGAUUGUUGAUUCUGCAGCCACAUAACUGGUCGCUGAGGAGAGACUACGGCAUGAUGUUGUACUUUAAUGGGGACUUGGGAGGGGCGGUGCAAGAACUAAGCAUUUGCAUGGCCAUUGCUCCAGAAGAAGUGGUGGCAAUUCUGGAACCUUUUGUUGAGAAGUUGCAUCUAAUGCGACUCGAAUUAUCGUGGAAGCAAUUCGGCAUGCUGGUUACUUAACAGCACCUUGACCUUGUAUAUAUAUAUAUAUAUAUAUAUAUAUAUAUUCUCUACUCUUGUCUCCGAGCAGUUUAGAACUAUAGAAUCGGCCAAUGACUUGUAUUUGACUUAGUGAGUGUUUCUGUUUCUUCUCUACAUUCAAAAGGAACUAGCUCCUAUGUAUCUAAAGAUGAAAGCUAGGCCCUCUCAGAAUGUUGCCUGGCUAACUCUCUUCCCUUCCAUUUCAAAUGAUAUGAGCCUUUUUGACUCCUUAGAUUAAAAAUGCUGUAUAUUCAAAUGAUUUUGAUUCAAGAGGACUAGAGGAAAAUGGAGUGGAGGGGAGAUUAUUGUUUUAAUU